AUGAACUUACGGGCAUUCGGUCAAAAAUAAUCCUGCGCGUUCGGCUGCACGCAGUGCACCUUGUUUGUCAUGGCGUUGAUGCGGAGUGAUCAGCUGUGCCAUAGAGCAAGCAUUACCACGGUGACGACGGUCUGCUGAUCAUCUGAAAGAGGCUGCUGAUCAGCUGCUAACAGGAAGAUGGCAGAGUCAAAAACAGCAAAAUCCUUUGUGGACGGGCAUAUCGGUGACACUGAAGAACAGAAAUCAGCCGUUCGAAAGCGCAACCUCCUGGUCUUGAUCCUACACUACCUUCAGCACCAAGGGCUGAUGACAACUGCAGAAAGCCUCAAGACUGAAUCGACACUGAAACUUGACGACUAUGUUCUCUGUGAUAAUGUCGACCUGGAGCUAAUACUUCAAGAGUAUGAAACAUUCCAGUUCGUCAAGUUCAGAAAACAGCCACAUAUCACCCGUAAACUGGAAGAGAGUGGCACACAGAAGCAUUCAAAGUCAUCACGAGCGCAUUCUACACAGGGACAGUCAACUCAGACAUCUAGCAAUGGAAGUGGGUCCUUUUGCAGCACAUUUCGGAUACGGGGCCUUCAUCGAGCAAGUAGUGACGAAAAGCACAAAUCUGAGUCACAGCUCUCUAAAGGAAAGCUUGAAAACACCUUUCGGCCAGAAAACAUUACCAUUGACAGGCGCCUGGGAAUACAGAUCUGUACACCUGGAUUGCCUCAGCUAAAGCUGCCGCAGGCCAUGGGUGCCACUUUGGGGAGUGAGUGGUUUAACUUGGUCGACAUCAUUUCAAAGGAUGUCUAUGUGGACAGUCCAAACGUCCACUGGAAUGACAUUGUUGGCCUUGAGUCAGCAAAGCGGCUUAUCAAAGAAGCUCUAAUCUACCCAAUGAAGUAUCCAGACAUCUUUUCUGGAAUAAUGGGUCCAUGGAAGGGACUUCUGCUGUUUGGACCACCAGGCACUGGAAAGACACUCCUUGCAAAAGCCGUUGCAACAGAAUGCAAGACAACAUUCUUCAAUAUCACUGCUUCUACACUAGUCAGCAAGUGGCGCGGUGAGUCUGAAAAGCUAGUCAGGGUACUGUUCGAACUGGCUCGUCACAACUCGCCUGCGACCAUAUUUCUGGAUGAGCUCGAUGCACUGGUUGGGGCUAAAGGUGCACUAGGAAACAGUGAGAAUGAGGCCAGUCGUCGCAUGAAAAGUGAACUUCUGAUACAGAUGGAUGGUCUCAGCAACUCUAAGGAUCAUGUCUUUGUGUUGGCCACUUCUAAUUCACCAUGGGAUCUGGACCAUGCUGUUCUUCGACGCCUGGAAAAACGUAUCCUGGUGCCUCUGCCAGGCAAAGAAGCUCGCACCUUUCUUUUCCACAAGUUCCUUGAAGGCGGCCAGAGUGCCAAGAGUGGUGGCCGCCGAGAGAGUUGCUUCGUGGCUGCUGACAUUGACUACAACCUCGUCAGCGAGGCAUCAGAGGGUUAUUCGGGAUCAGACAUCAAGAUAGCCUGCAAAGAAGCCGUGAUGAAGUCCCUCCGUCAAGCACUGGAAGCUGCUGAAUGCUGUGAUAAUGAGGCAGACGGAACUGACCGCAUCAUCCCUGAGCCUGUGUCAACGGAGGACAUCUUGGAUGCCAUCAAGCAGACCAAGCCCACUGGCAAAGCACUCGCAGCAAAGUUUGAAACUUGGCACCAAGAGUUUGGCUCGUCACUUUCGCCUUAAUAGACUCUGCAGGUCAUGUAAGGGCAGCCUGUACACACAAAAAGAUGGUACAUAUACAUAACACUGAGAAGAGAGUACUGUACUCAUUUUGGUUUCCAUUACUACUCAUUUCCGUGCUGCCAUGGUUGUGCUGCCCAUGGUUGCAGUGGUGCAUAUAGCUGCCAGCUUUGACAUUUGUGUGGAUUGAGCGAGCGUUUAAUUAUGUGCUGUUGUACGAUAGUCUGCCAUAUUGAUGUAGCACAUCCUCCAUGAUGCUGUGAAACCCAGCACAUUGUGAUACAGAAUGUUUCGUGUUAGUGACAGAAACCCUAUAGAACCUGCAAGUGGAACCAGAAGUAAACGGAGCCUCGAUUUAAAAGUGAGUGUGCUGAUGCAUGUUACAGUGAAAUUUAAGAGAUCACUCGUGCUUCACGCACAAGCACUUUGGUGCUGAAGUUGUGCAUGAACACGGCAUCUCUGUUUAGAAAGCUGCAGAACUUAACCUAGGCCUUUAAUAAAAAAAUUUGUAAUAAAUUUAUAACAUUUCAAAAAGUCACAUUCUAGUGACUGUUUACAGUAGACUUACUAAUACAUCCUAUAAUUUCCAACAAAUAUUUUGCAAGAAUACUUAAACUGCAAAACAAUUGAAGCAUCAUUUUUACGAUUUCAUAAUUUUGCAACAGACAGGUACUGAACUUAAUAUGUUAAAGAGGGUCGAAAAUAAAUGAUCCUGGACAGGAUAUAUAGGGUGUUUCACGUAACUUGAACCAAGGAUAUAAAAAAAGUGGUUAGCCGCAGCUGAAUGGAACCAACGGCAUAUGGUAUGCCAUCAUGUGGGGCUCCUUAGAGUAUUUUUCAUAUUCCGCUGAAUUAGUUAACCAAGAUGAAUUAUGCAAAAUUUUUUAUAUUCACUUUAGGGCCUAGUGCAUUUUGUUGCAUUGUAAAAGAGGUUCACAAAUGACCGAUCCAAUUUUUUGUGGCAACGUAAGUGCUGCGUAGUGAUUUUUUUCAGCAUUUAAAGAAAGCCCGCGAAAUAUGAAAUAAAACCACAUGACUGCACUCAUGUGCUAUCGUAUUGCUGCGCUCUCAAUAGCGGUUCAUGCGAAAGAAUCGUGCGGGGGGACCAUGGUGAAGCGAGCAGGCACAGCUCUAGGCAUCAGCUUCACAGUGUGUCAGCAUUUUUGGCGGUUGCACAUGAAAAGGAACCGCCGUAGUCCCCGAUAAGCGAUAGUGCUUUUUCUUGAUUUCAUCCGCAGCUUAAGAUUCUGUUCUUUUUCGACCAUGUACUCACCCCCUCUGUAACACCCCAAUGGCCCUGAGGGUAAAUAAAUAAAUAAAUAAAUAAAUAAAUAAAUAAAUAAAUAGGCUCGGCACAUGGUUGAGAGUGCUCAUGUGGUUCUAUUUUAUAUUUUGCGGGCUUUCUUUACAUGCCCCCCCCAAAAAAAUCACGACGUAGCAAGUACAGUGUUACAAAAAAUUGGAUCGGUUGUUCCUGAACCUGCUCUACAACGCAAUGCAUUGGCCCUAAAGUGAAUAUUAAAACUUUUGCAUAAUUCACCUUAGUUAAUUAAUUAAGCUGAAUACAAAAUAUACUCUAAGGAGCUCCACAUGACAACAAACCAUAUGCCAUUGGUUUCAUUCAGCUGCCGUUAACCACUUCUUAUUUUCUUUGAUUAUGGGGUUUUACGUGCCAAAACCACUUUCUGAUUAUGAGGCACACCGUAGUGGAGGACUCCGGAAAUUUCGACCACCUGGGGUUCUUUAACGUGCACCUAAAUUUAAGCACACGGGUGUUUUAACAUUUCGCCCCCAUCGAAAUGCGGCCGCCGCGGCCGGGAUUCAAUCCCGCGACCUCGUGCUCAGCAGCCCAACACCAUAGCCACUGAGCAACCACGGCGGGUAACCACUUCUUUUUAAAUCCUUGGUUCAAGUUAUGUGAAACACCCUGUAUAACAUGCUCCUAGUUUGUAUGACUGGCAGUGACAUAGAAAAGUAAAUAUGUCUGCUUUAAUUACCCUAUAAGAAGUAAGAAUAUCUGCAGAAUUGCAGAUAUUCGCUUCAACUGCAGUGCUACAGCAUAAUGGUGCUUCAAUGUUUUCUUGAUUCUAACUUGCUUUACAUAUUUUACAACAUAUUUGAUGGUCUAAAUAAAGGAUCUGCCUCAACCAGUCACUAGAAUUUGACUUCCUUCUUGAAAUGCAACAAAUCUGUCAGAACAAUUUAGCAGUAGCACAGGACCCAAUUUUGCAAUUGAAACAUGUUUGAACGGGCAAGGUAUAAGCAGAGUUUUCCUCUGCGAAGAUGUGAAGUACCACCUCAGUGCAUUCUACGUCGUAACGUGCCCCGUCUAUAUCUGGCUCCAAUUCAUUUUGCACAGCAGUUUUUUGUGUGUGAUGAUUCCAUUCCUCAUAUCACUGCACAAUUGCAAUGUAAAAAAAAAGUGUCGCAGUGUUAAACUGUUUCGGAUGCAGUGUUCAAGAAAUAUUACGCUACAAUUUUGUAAUGCAGCACUCACAAAAGAACCUCUCCCAGUUGAGCAGAAGCACAAGUGUUUGUUUUUACUUGUGUUGUCGCACACUUUUAUGGCCUUGGGUGGACCUUUCAUGGCAUUGUUGUCAACAUGUGUAUUUGAUGUACAAACCACACCAGUGUACAGCCAAUAAACAUUUUGCACCUGUA